UUGAGCUAUGCUUGAAAAAUCGAGACGCCGUUGGUUGAAGUUAGGUUGAGAUCGCGACUUAUUACCGCACGGGAUUUCCUCGCUUUCGUCAUUUUCCCACUUGGUCCUUCCACUAGACUCCGUCCCUCCGUCCCGCGACAAGAUGACUACCUCAAGGCGCCUUGCUGAUAGGAAAGUAGCAAAGUUUCAGAAAAAUAUAACAAAGAGGGGGUCUGUGUCUGAGUCAACAGCAAAGAAAGGAAACGACUAUCCUGUUGGGCCUAUUGUUCUCGGGUUCUUUAUCUUUGUUGUUAUUGGAUCGUCGCUGUUUCAGAUAAUUAGAACAGCAACAAGUGGGGGGAUGACAUAAAGCAAGUAGAUGAUCAAAUAUUUGAGACUGAGGCUGAUGAUGCUUUUUGUAUUACCCUAAUGUAAACUCAAAAUGUUAGGAGUUUAUCCUGUUUGGAGUUCCUCAAUGGAUGACUUGAAAAUCAAUGGCUGAUCCUUUUCACUUUGACAA